UAUAUCAACAAGUGGUGUAGUACCUAUAGGACGGUUGGCGCGUUGGAGCUUGAUGCUUAUUGUGGAGUUUGAACUGUCUGGUUAUAUAAAUACAAAUAGGUGAAGAGGGGCAGCGGAGACCUCUUGCACUUUCGUGGCGGCGCGCGUCGCAGCGACCAGUCCUCACCGAGCGUCAUGGCUCGACACGCGUAUCUGUGUCUCGGUGUGUUGGUGCUCGCCUGCCUUGCGAGCGGCGAGGUGCGAGUCAAACGACAAGAUGAGGACGGAGGUGAAGAUGUGAACGCGGACCAACUGUGCGAGAGCCGGCCCGCUGAUGAAUAUUUCCGUCUCACCACCGAGGGCGAUUGCCGCGAUGUCGUCAGGUGCGACAAGGGCCUUGAGAACAGCGUCACCAGGCUCGCCUCGGUGCGCUGCCCCGUCGGUCUCGCCUUCGAUAUCGACCGUCAAACUUGUGAUUGGAAAACACAUGUUAAGAAUUGCGAUAAAAUAGAAAAACCAAGAAAAGUUUUACCAAUAUUGAAAACCGAUGAACCAAUUUGCCCUGAAGGAAAAUUAGCUUGCGGUAGUGGAGACUGUAUUGAAAAAGAACUUUUCUGUAACGGUAAACCUGAUUGCAAAGAUGAAUCUGACGAGAACGCAUGCACUGUCGAUGUGGACCCCAACAGAGCUCCAGACUGUGACCCCAAUCAAUGUAUAUUGCCAGACUGUUUCUGCUCUGCUGACGGUACUCGAAUUCCUGGAGGAAUAGAGCCAAACCAAGUGCCACAGAUGAUUACGAUAACGUUUAACGGAGCCGUCAAUGUCGACAACAUCGAUUUGUAUGAGCAAAUAUUCAACGGCAACCGCCACAAUCCCAACGGCUGUCAAAUCCGUGGCACAUUUUUCUUGUCUCACAAAUAUACCAACUAUGCAGCAGUACAAGAACUUCACCGUAAAGGACACGAAAUCUCGGUGUUCUCAAUCACUCACAAAGACGAUCCACAAUAUUGGUCUGGAGGCAGUUACGACGAUUGGUUGGCUGAAAUGGCCGGCGCUCGUCUAAUUAUUGAACGUUUCGCUAACAUCACUGAUUCAUCUAUUAUUGGUGUACGCGCUCCUUACUUGAGAGUAGGUGGCAACAAGCAGUUUGAAAUGAUGGCUGACCAGUACUUCGUCUACGAUGCUUCCAUUACAGCUCCUCUUGGUCGUGUUCCCAUCUGGCCCUACACACUUUAUUUCCGCAUGCCGCACAAGUGUAACGGUAAUGCCCACAACUGUCCUUCAAGGAGCCACCCAGUUUGGGAAAUGGUCAUGAAUGAACUUGACAGAAGAGACGACCCUACCUUUGACGAAUCAUUGCCUGGUUGUCAUGUGGUGGACUCCUGCUCCAACAUUCAAACCGGUGACCAGUUUGCGCGUCUCCUGCGCCACAACUUCAACCGCCACUACACAACCAACCGUGCUCCUCUUGGUCUUCAUUUCCACGCUUCUUGGUUGAAAUCUAAAAAAGAAUUCAGAGACGAAUUGAUUAAGUUUAUCGAAGAAAUGCUUGAAAAGAACGAUGUCUACUUCACUUCAUUAAUUCAAGUUAUCCAAUGGAUGCAAAACCCUACAGAGCUGUCGUCACUAAGGGACUUCCAAGAAUGGAAACAAGAGAAAUGUGACGUGAAGGGUCAACCAUUCUGUUCCUUGCCAAAUGCCUGCCCGUUAACGACCCGUGAAUUACCGGGAGAAACUCUACGUCUUUUCACUUGCAUGGAAUGCCCCAACAACUAUCCUUGGAUUUUAGAUCCUACAGGAGAAGGUUUCAGUGCUAAGAAGUGAUCUCUUUAAGUUAAAUGAAAAGACUGUACACAUGUAAAUAAUACUCAAUAAUAAUAAUAAUAAUUACAAUAACUACUAUGAAUGUGUGGUAGGACGUCAUGAAAUAAAUGACUCUUCUAAAAUAUUCCUAAUCCACUCUUCUACUUAUUGUAAUUAAAUUACAUAAAACUUUUCAAAAGAAAUCCUCUGUAGUUAUCUUUUAUACUGUAAGUUCAUAUUUGGAGUGUAUUACCAGUUUAAUACGCCAUUAUCUAUACCUACCUAUUGCCUACACAAUUUCUAUUACAAAGAUAGGUAUAUUUUGAUGUUUCAUAGUAAUUUAGGUGGUAACUUUAUGGAAAUAAAAUUUUAAUUGGUAAAA